AGGAUGGUGAACUGUAAAAAAAUAUAUUUUUUUUUGUUCAAUACCAAAAUCUAUAUAAUUGGUAGGAAUUAUGGUUAAGUGGUCAAAUAGUUUCAUUGACUGUCAUAUGUGAGAAAUUAAUCUGUUAGUGAGGGCGAGCGCAGUUGCUGUCCUCUGGAAACAUUAGAUCUAGACGAAAUCAACAGCAUUACCACUUCAUGCCUUCAUUACCACUGAGUCGGAAUAGGUUACAUAGUAAACAUUUUCAUUUUGUCAGGGUACAAGUUUGCUGUCGCUGUAAAUUGGUUGGGCUAGGAGAACGAUCUAGUUGUCUUCAGCAUGGCUUCGUUUGGCUGGAAAAGGAAAGUAGGUGAGCGGGUGUCGAAGGCGGCGGCCCAGCAGUUCGAGGCCGAGGCUGAGAAGGUGGACGACGGAGCGGACAAGGAUGACGAUGUGGACUGGCUGCACGCGAUCAAGAAGAGGCGCGAGGUGCUGUUGGAAGAUUGCGCCGCCAAGAGCAAGAGGCUAAAGGAUGAGGGCGCGACACUGGCGGAGCAGGCCAGGCACUGGGAGGCCAUUAAAAAAUGGGACGAGGCCAUUCAGCUGACUCCAGAGAACCCCCUGCUGUAUGAGAUGAAGUCACAGGUGCUGACGAUGCUCCAGGAGGUGUUUCCGGCGGUGCAGGCUGCGGAGAUGGUGGUGAAGCUCCGCCCCCUGUGGUGGGAGGGCUGGCAGACGCUCGGCCGCGCCCAGCUCAGCCUGGGAGAGCUCGACCUGGCUGUGAGGUCCUUCCAGAUGGCCGUGCACCUGUGUCCGUCAGAGCGCCCCCUGUGGUCGGAGGACCUCGCUUGGGCUCGCCAACUGCAGCAGCGACGGCAGGCGGCCCAGGAGAGGAAGCACAGGGAGGAGGAGGCGCGCCAGGAGGCGCUCCACGUCCCGGAGCUGCAGGAGGACUACGACUUUGAGUCGGACGAGGUGCUGGCGGCGUGCACGGCGGUGGCGGAGAGACAGAGGCGCUACGAGGAGCUGAGGGAGACGGCGGUGGUGGUGGACGCAGAAGGGAACGCAAGGGAGGUCCCCGCGGAGGAGGCGGAGGGGGACACCCCGACGUCUUCCCCAUCCAAGGAGCAGUUUGUCAAGGCGCGGGGGCCGUGAGCUUGGGUCUUGAAGGCCUUGGUCGAUCACGUAGAUCGAGUCAUUAAGGUCUGUUCAAUUCCUCUCACGGUUUGCCCUUAAGGGGCUGAUCCAUAGACUCCUUGGUGUUGGAUGUGAUCAGUCGAGCCCACCCACCAGUCAUUGAUCGUGGACUGCCAAGCUCUAUAGACCUACGGACUUUUCUGAGAAACCUUUGUUUGGGUUAAGAUUUAUUUGUGUGCUUUGUGUUGUGCACGUUGUUGUUUUCUUUGUUGUGGUAUAGGAUCGUGUGAGACAAAUUAGACAUAUGUACUCUGUUGUUAAUGGGCUUUUUGGUGUAUGUUUUUAAGUUUUACGUUUUGACAAAACCCUUAUUUUGUCAAUUCUCCCUAUGCAGAGACUGGAGCAUAGCAGCAGAGCAUAAACACAUACUUUCUGUUAUCAUUUAUCCCCGAGAGGUCAACAACCACUGGCCAGUGUCAGAUUUGUCUUAAGUUGAGUUGCUUUUCUCUUUGGAAAAUGUCUGUCUUUCUUGUCACAAACAUACCGUAUGUUGUCUUUUAAAUUGUCACAGCUUGAAACUGACAAGUAUUAAAACGAAUGACUGGAAAACUCCUUGACAAUUCCCCAUGAUAGUCACUUGUACCAGUCAAAUGUUGUGUCCCAUGCCUUUAGGAACCUUAAUUGCAGUUUAAUGCAAGAUAAGGCUGCUGUUGGAAUUAUAGCUUCAGAAUUAGCAACAAAUAAGACAAUCUUAUCUUGAUCUCCAUGACAAAGUGAUUAAAGGAGGAUCUUUGAAAAAUAAUAUUGCACGAUGAUUCCCAGAAUUCGACUUAAGCUUCGGAACGUGGUGUGUCAUAAGAGACCCCAUUGGGGAGAUGGGGUGGGUGCUGCUGAAACAAUAAUCUCCAGGAAGGUCUGGAGCGACUCCACAGAAAGCUUUGCACUGAUUGAAUAGCCAUGCUUAAAGGGCCACAGCUUGAACGCUCAUUGCGUGUGAGUGGCGUGGUCUAAUAGCAGAUCCUUUUCACCAAUACUCAUACUGAAGAGGGUUGGUGUGACUCGCGAGAGGCCAUAUGGUGGAGGGUUGAGACUGGCAUGAGGGCAGGCAGUGCAAGAGGGGAACGGAGGAACCGUGUUCAUUACAUUCAUAAGAAGGCGACACAUGUAUUCAUUAAAUUCAUAUUAGGCGGAGUGUUGUCUUUCAUGUCUCUGGUGCCCAGUACAACUACACUUCUGUACCAGCCCACCCCUCCAGAGGUGUGGCUAUAGGCGCCUCCUGUGGAAGACUCCAGGACUCGAGCCGACUGCAGAUGGUUUGUGGCCACAGCCUGGUGUUGGGAUGGAUUUAUCGUAUAAUUCUAAUGGCGGUGAGGAGUAUCAGGUUUUUGGAUAAAGAGAUGAGGAAUACAGAUGACACCAACAGCCGGUUGCCAUGCCAUCAAAGCUGCUGCUACUGCUGAUGAUGAUAAAGGGCACUAGUGCAAAAAGGCCAAUGGUAGGAAAGUGCAGGACUAUUUCUCAACCGAUCAAUAAUAUUACCCCUCCACAGAGUUAAGAACAUUGCAGAAAGGUUGCCAUAAGAAAGAGAACGUAAUUUUUGGCAUAGUAUUUUUUAAGUAUGUUUUUUUGGUCAAAUAAGGAAGUAACCGUGAUUAGGAUAUGGCAUAGCCAUUUAUGUUUUUAAAAUGUGAAUGCCGAUAUUAGCACAUGGUGUGAUAAAUACAGUAGGCCUAUGCUUGUACAGUAAUCCGCUCGUUUGUCUUCCAAAAUGUAAGCGAAUAUUAUUUAUUGAACUGAAAUAAAUGUGUGGAAUAUU